AUGGAUUCGGCACGAAGUUGGCUUCAGAAGCUUCAACCGCGCGAUAAGCUGAGGAGCUCGACUAGGAAGAAGGAGCCUUGCAGUGGAGGCGAGGACGAUUCGAAUACGGAUGAGGAAGCGCUUUCCAAUGUCACCAAGCAGAAGGCUGCAGCGGCCAAGCAGUAUAUUGAGAACCAUUACAAGGAACAGAUGAAGAACCUCCAGGAGAGGAAGGAAAGACGAAAUAUGUUAGAAAAAAAGUUGGCUGAUGCUGAUGUCUCCGAGGAAGAUCAAAACAACCUUCUUAAGUUCUUGGAGAAGAAAGAAACUGAAUACAUGCGCCUUCAGAGGCAUAAAAUGGGUGUUGAUGAUUUUGAGUUGUUGACUAUGAUUGGCAAGGGUGCAUUUGGUGAGGUUCGUGUCUGCAGGGAAAAGACAACAGGUUCUGUUUAUGCCAUGAAAAAGCUCAAGAAAUCAGAGAUGCUUCGUAGAGGCCAGGUUGAGCAUGUCAAAGCUGAAAGGAAUUUGCUUGCUGAGGUGGACAGCAAUUGCAUUGUGAAGCUGUACUGUUCUUUUCAAGAUGAUGAGUUUCUUUAUCUUAUAAUGGAAUACUUACCUGGAGGAGAUAUGAUGACUUUGCUUAUGAGAAAGGAUAUUUUGACAGAAGAUGAAGCUAGAUUUUAUGUUGCCGAAACAGUUUUGGCUAUUGAGUCUAUCCAUAAACACAAUUACAUUCACAGGGAUAUCAAGCCUGACAAUUUACUACUUGAUAGAUAUGGACACUUAAGACUGUCAGAUUUUGGGUUGUGUAAACCUUUAGACUGCAGUACAAUCCGAGAAGACUUUUCAAUAGCACCCAAUGUUAAUGGUGGUCCACAGAAUGAUGAACGCCCUGCAGCUCCAAAACGAACACAACAAGAGCAACUGCAACAUUGGCAGAAGAAUAGGAGAAUGCUUGCUUAUUCCACUGUUGGUACACCUGACUAUAUUGCUCCAGAAGUUCUUUUGAAAAAAGGUUAUGGGAUGGAAUGCGAUUGGUGGUCACUUGGUGCCAUUAUGUAUGAAAUGCUUGUGGGUUACCCACCCUUCUAUUCUGAUGAUCCGAUGUCAACAUGCAGGAAGAUUGUAAACUGGAGAACUCAUUUGAAGUUUCCAGAAGAAGCAAAGCUAUCUCCAGAGGCAAAAGAUCUUAUCAGUAAACUCUUGUGUAAUGUCAACCAAAGGUUGGGAACAAACGGGGCAGAUGAAAUAAAGGUUCAUCCUUGGUUCAAUGGUACUGAAUGGGAGAAGCUUUAUCAAAUGGAUGCUGCAUUUAUUCCUGAGGUCAAUGAUGAUUUGGAUACUCAAAAUUUUGAAAAGUUCGAAGAGUCUGACUCCCAAACUCAGAGUUCAUCCAAAACUGGUCCCUGGAGAAAGAUGCUCUCCUCUAAGGACAUUAAUUUUGUGGGCUACACGUAUAAAAACUUCGAAAUCGUUAACGAUUAUCAAGUGCCUGGGAUGGCCUCGUUGAAGAAGAAAAGCACCAAACCAAAGAGACCGUCUGUAAAAACACUAUUUGAUGAAGAGUCAGAGACAUCGGAGACAUCAGAGAUAUCUGACAGCGGAAGCAGUCAUCCUGUGCAAGGGAGCUUUUUGAACCUCUUGCCUCCCCAGUUAGAAGUAUCUCAACACCGGGACGGCUCUCUCUGA